AUAUACAUGUAUACCAGACCUUCCACAUUAAAGUUGCACUUGUUGUCAACUUGUCAAGAGUGUUAUCUGUAAAUAACAGUGUCUCGACAUUUAGAUGAUGGAUUAAUACGUUUACCGUGGAAAUUUCCUUUUUAAAAGUGUGUGACUAUGUAAUUAUAUCGGCUUACAAGACACUCACAUAAAACACAAUGGCCUGGUUUACUCUGAAAGAAACUGUAUACUAGAAAGAACGGAUAAUGGGACGCCUUUGACAUAUAUGAAUGGUAAAAAAUUGCAUAUACCGCCAUGUUGGAAAGGUUCAAAGACUUCAAGGUCGUCGUCGGGCUGAUUUCCGGUUUUACACUUGGACUCCAGUUUGUUGUCAUUUACAAUUUCGCCUACAGUCAGAAUGCAUACAGUAUUCCGAGCAGAAGGUUGUCGAGCAAGCUGCAGGAGGCCGCCAACGUCACCGAUACGUCUCUGAUUUACAGAGUUGCUUCGUCACACAACCAUCCAUGUAGCGAACAUCUGGUACACACGAGUGACCGCCCUUUGCCCGAGGGUUCACGAAAACAUGAUAAAAGACGUCUUACAAUCGCCAUUCCGACCAUUAGGCGACCCAAAGACAAUUACUUCGAGACAAUGCUGCAGUUCAUGAUCAACUCCACAACACCGGAACAACUCAAAGAAAUCUUCUUCGUAAUUUUCCUCGCCGAUUUUAACCAGACUCAUUGGAAAGCAGACCUAGAGAAGAAACUACGUGAACGGUACUCCGAACAGUUUCACACGGGAACGUUACACGUUAUACAAGCACCUUUUGAAUUUUACAAAGGUAUGGGGGAGUUUGGCAAUAACAGCUAUUUGUUUUGGCGUACCAAACAGAACUAUGACUACGCUUAUAUCAUGAAAUAUUGCGAGAAUUUUUCAGAUUACUACAUGCAAAUGGAAGAUGACGUCAUACCCGUGACAAAUUACUACGGUGCUAUUUUAGACUUCAUUCACAAGCAAUCAGACGACAACUGGGUGAUGUUGGAGUUUUCCACGCUUGGCUUUAUUGGCAAACUGUAUCAUUCUAACCACAUUUCAAAACUUGCCAACUUGCUUCUCAUGUUUUCACACACUCAACCUGUUGAUUAUACGUUUCUUUAUUUCAAUAUGUUAAUGGGCGGCAGGAAAGAAAUUCGCAAACCUACAUUGUUUCAACACAUGGGAUUCCAGUCGAGUUUAGAAAAAAAGACGCAGCCAUUGAAAGACAAGUUCUUCGACUUUCCUGAGAAGAAAUUCAAGGGAGAUAAUCCGGGUGCAAAAUUGUACACAAACAUUGAGCACGGCGAAGAUUUUCCACUUGAACUAGCGUACUCCAGAUCUCCUGGUUUCUUUUGGAGUACUGAAAGUGGAAAAAUUGAUUCCCGUUUGACAAUACUUUUUAACGUAUCUCAAGCAUUAUUACGUGUUUUAGUGUUAACCGGAAGUAGAGAUCACCCACGUGACAUCAUCUACAAUGGCGUCGUUGAAGGUAGUGUGAGUUUUGUAGGAACUGGGAAUAAUCGCGAAUGUAAGGGUACUAUACAACUUGGGGUGUUUAAAGACGGACAAGCUUCUAUUGAGAAGGAAGAAAUACAACAGGCGUUUGGUGGUGUACAAAUCAAAUGCCUUCAGAUUCGAUUAACUAGGGAACAAGUAGAAUGGGUGAUAGUGAGAGAAAUUGCAGUGUUUGUUGACAAGAAGUCAGAUUAAUCUGUAAGGUUGCUAUUGUGUUGUGUAGACUGUGCAAUAAAAUAUCUUAUAGACAGGUUUGAUUUGCUUUUUCUCAAAUUUAUUGUAACUGUCAAUCUACUUUUUGUGUGUGAUGUAUCGGACAUUAACUAACUAUUUAUACUUAAUAAACAGAUUAAAAAUAAGCAUUUUAUCUCGACCAUCUAAUUGUCAUUAUGUUAUUGACCUAUAUAUA